CAGAAAAAUCUCUGGACUGCCAUUUUUUAUCAGAUCUCAGAUACCUUGUUUGGUUUUGGUUAAUAAUUCUAGUUCAAACAUAGAAUUUUCUUCAAUCGAAAAUGAAUCUCGCAUUUUUAUUAUGUGGAGAAUGUUACUCCGUAUGUGAUUCAAAAGUGUAGUGGACAAUUUGUGAUUGUGAAUUGUAUUUUAAGUAUGGGUACAGAUUUAUAAGCAUACAUGAUUGUCACUAAGUCAACAUGCAUUUUUGCGCGUUGAAGUAAUUCAUCAAUAAACUAUUUGCUACUGUACUCAUAAUUUACUAACUGCCACGAAAUAAUGCCGAAGAAAAGAGUAGCACGUUCCAACAAAUCGUGCAUUGGAGAUCGUUUAAAAUCUCGAUCCGUGGUUGUUGGAAAUUCUGAACGAAAAUCAGAUGAUACUUUCACAUUCCAACAACCACUUGAAGCGCCAACCUUUCGUCCGACGAAGGAAGACUUUGCCGAUCCUGUAUAUUACAUAAAUUCCAUCAAGAAUUCAGCAGAACAAUAUGGAAUGUGUAAAAUCGUACCUCCUGGGGGAGUCCUUUUCCCGUUUACUCUCCCGGUUGAUAAGUUCAGAUUCACCACGAGAUCUCAAAAUUUGGGCAGAUUUGACGAGGUUAUCAAGAAUAAAGCUAUUUUCUUGAGCCGUCUCUCAAAAUUUUUUGAGCUUAGAGGCUCAGUAUUAAGUGAACCGAUUGUGGAAUCGCAAAAACUAGAUCUGUACACCCUGCACCGCGCUGUAGCAAGCGAAGGUGGUUACAUUCGAGUCCACGGUUUUCUAAAUAAAUGGAUCAAAGUAGCGAUCCGAUUGAACUACAAGGAGCCCGAGACUAUUGCUCAAUUGUUGGAAGAACAUUACAAAAAUCUCAUCCUUCCUUACGUGAUGGUCAUGCAGGAAGGAAACAAGGGCCCUCCUCCAAGUAGUAUUCGAACGCGCAAGAGAGCGGCAGCGGCUUUGGAGACUAUUGUGGAAGAAGAGGAAGAAAAGUCUGCAAGGAAUGUGGAGAAAUCGAAGGAGGUUCAACAACCUUCCAAGCGAGCAAAGAACGCGAAAACAACGCCAAAAGCUUUACCUAGUCAACCAGUGGGAAGAACUCUCAGAAGUUCCACCCUUGCAAAGGAGGCUGCCAAUAAGAAACCUGAACAACAGCAGUCGUCCUCUGGAAGACAACAGACUGACCGAAAAUGUAAGACUGAUCGGAAACCAGCUCAUACGAGUACUAGUGAUUCUCAACCCUGCACUAGAGAGCUUAGAGUUCGGAUUGAAGUACUCAACCCGCCCCAAACUGGAUCCGAACCUCGCAGUAGUGGGCGCAAAACACAGGAAUCGCGCAAAACUCAGGAAUCCAAGUCAAAUGCAGGUGGAGCAGCUAGCAAACCAGAACAUGUAUUCAAAGUCCCUUAUCCGGUUUCUCAGACUGCUACUAGACGCAGAACAGCACUUCAAAACGAACUGAGGAGAUUGCAGAUUUCAAACGUUACAACCCCUGACCAAACUUCUCAGGACUGUCAAAGCUGCCAAAAAACAAUUCCCGAUGUUUUAUUAUCUUGUAAUAAUUGCCAAACCCGUUACCACGCAACGUGCAUCGUGCCAGUCCUUCGUGAAAUUCCCAAAGGAAAGUGGAAUUGCACGCCCUGCAUUACCAAAGAAAUGAAGAAAGAAGAAGCAGAAAAACCGCUGCCAUUCGAAGACGGAAAACGAUUCUACUCGUUACGGGAAUUCCAGUAUAAAUCGAUGGCUUUUAAAAAAAAUUACUUGAAAAAAAUGAAAAUAAACGAGGAGAUGCAAAGUAUCGAUCCAGACAUAUUGGAGACCGAGUAUUGGAAGAAAUUAAGUCAAAAAAAUAGAACUUUUGAUACUGUCGUUGAGUAUGGCUCCAAUAUAAGCGGGAAGAAUGGUACAGGAUUCCCCACCGCUAAUACUGUUAUUUGGGAGAAAAACAAAGAGCUCUGUAAUAGUUACCAAAGAUUUGUCGACCAUCCAUGGAACUUGAAUAAUGUAUUGACGUCUGAGGGUUCCGUAUUGAAAUACAUCAACUCCUCAAUAACAGAUUCGUGGAUGGACAUUGGCAUGCUUUUCUCGACGUCUCACUGGCGCCAAGAGGAACAUUGGUGCUAUUCAAUUAGCACCUUACAUUUCGGCGAUCGCAAAACUGUAUAUGCCGUCCCCAGCACCCAUGCCGAAAAAUUUGAAAACGUUGUAAAGGAGAUUGCUCCUGAACAGAAUGAUGAAACGGACCUCCUACAGGUUUUACGCACUGUCAUCAACCCAAAUAAAUUGAUGGAUAAAGAAAUACCCGUAUACAGACUACACCAAAACGAGGGAGAGUUUGUUGUUACGUUCCCCAGAGCAUAUCACUCGCAUUUCAACCAUGGGUUUAAUUUCGCAGAAUCCAUCCAUUUUGGCCCUCCAGACUGGAUCGAUUAUGGACGGAAAUGUAUCGAACACUACUCAUUGACAAAGAGACAUUGCCUGUUUUCACAAGACGAAAUGAUCUUCAAGAUAGCAUCAAAUGCAUCCAAAGUUGACAAAAUUAUUGCUGCCGCGGCCUACCAUGAUCUCUACUGUGCCGUACAAUCAGAAUUCAAAUUACAAGAUCAAAUCAAGGAAUCAUGGGGCUCCAUGAAAGAUGAUGAUAUAAGGUUCCAGCCUGAACUUUUGUCAACCGAAGACAGGCAAUGCAGCUACUGCUUCAAAACAGUUUUCUUGUCAGCUGUCUAUUGCAAGUGUAGUACGGAAAAAAUGGUGUGCAUAAAACAUUACGAUAAAUUGUGCUCAACUUGCAAACCAAACGAACAUCACCUGAAGAAAAAAUACACAACAGAGGAAAUAUUUGUGAUUUUCCGAGGUCUACUGGAGGAAGUGAGACCAUAUGAGAAGUGGUUUAAGGCUGUACAAUUGAUAUUGAUCAUUGAACCGACAAAGAGAGGUUUAAAAGUACUGCCUUUCUUAAAAGACAUGUUAAAAGAAGCCCAUGUCAAUAUGUACCCGAAUACGCCAGUUUUUAGGGCACUCGUCAAGUGUGUUAAGGAAGCCGAACAAAUGAAUGAUUUUUCAACCCAGUUUUUAUCGACUUUCGAACAGACCGACAGCACUGACGAGGAAAUCGAAGGAAUCGAAAAAACACCAAAUUUCACCGAUCUCGUGGAUUUCAUGGAAUUGAUAGGGAGCAGGGAUUUGAGGUUCUUCGAUAACAAAGGAAUUCUCAAGUAUGUUGAAGACGUGAAGGAGUGGAAAUGCAAAGUUGACGAGGCCAUUAAGAGCGAUGCCUUCAAUUCUAAAGAAAUCGAGUCUAUGAGAGAGGAAGGCUUGCGAUACAACUUGAAUUUGCCAGAAAUUGAUGUAUUAGAUCGGUAUAUUGAACAAUUGAAAUGGCGUGAGGAGCUGGCCAGUCUGAUGGAGAAACCACUAACAUUGACGAAGAAAGUUCUACAGGAACACAAAGACAAAGGAAUUACAUUGAGGCAUGAGAGUGAUUCCAAACUGGAAGAAGGAAUCAGUGCUAUCGAUAACCUCAUGGAUGAAAUCAGCUCGUGGGAAGAAAAGGCUCAACAAUUGAUUUCUUCAUCAAAGCCAACUCCUGAGUCUCUGCUUGAACUAUUGAAAGCUGCAGAAGAGAUCAAGGCCCAUCUGCCCUCCAGAACAGCUGUAGAGAGCAUUCUGGAGGCAGCCCAGAAAUGGGUUGAGAAAUUCAGAGCAGCAAAUAAUUUGAAGAACGGACCUUAUGUAGAAGUGUACGAAGAUCUCCUGUCGCAAGCGCUCAAACUUAAUUUGAAUCUGGAGAGCCUGACUGAACCGGUACGAAUUCAAUUGGAGUCAGUUCGUUCAUGGAAAGAGAAGGCAUCAUCAACUUUCAUUAAACAUAACUCAUUGACUUUGAUGGAGGCUCUUGCACCAAGAACCGAUAUCGGCUCAAAAUCAACCAGGAGAAAGAAGUUCAAUCAUGUAAUAAAAAACAUCAUCCAUGGUGUCAAAUUAAGUGGUGAUACCGAUCCUGGAGUAGUAGUAGCAGCUUUUAAGAGAGCUGAAAAGCAUGAGUUUGAACAAAUGCUACAAUUUCGUCUCGAAAAUGGUAGGAAAAGAAUGGACAUCGAUGCAAAAUACUGUAUAUGCAAGAAGAAUGAAGCGGGAAUUAUGGUGGAAUGUUCACUGUGCAAGGAGAAGUUUCACGAUCCCUGUCUACAAAUGGGCAUUGAGUCUGAUAUGUCAGGUUCAGAAUUGGCUGAGAUUAAAUUCCUGUGCUCGACUUGUGUGCGGACCAAACGCCCCAAGUUGGAUAUUCUAGUCGAGCUGGUACAGUCAAUGCACAUGAUCAAAGUCCGCAUUCCUGAAGGAGAAGCCCUUCAAAGAUUGACUGAACGUGCAAUGAACUGGCAGGAUCGAGUGAGAAAACUGCUAAAUACAUCUGAAAUGUCCGCGGCGUUACAUAGACUGAAUGUUCCCUUGCCACCGAGUAUUGCCAAGUCAAUUUCACGUCCUGCACCAUCGAGUUAUGAGAGAACGGCAUCAUCGACCGUAACAUCCAAUAUGCUUGUUCCUCAAGCUGGGCCGUCUCAGACUGGAGGAUUCAUUAGGAUUGAGCCAACAACAGAAAAUUCCAUUGUUAUAAUGGCAGAUCAUGUUUACUCCACUGUUUCUCGAAAACCAGCCCAGCCUAAGAAACGCUCACGCAAGUCUCCGUUGAUUCCGCGUGUACUUGAGGAGCCGCCUAGAAUGUCCGAGUCCGGCUUCAGGCAGCUAAAAGAAUUAAUGAUACAAGGUGACCUCAUGGAGGUAUUUGUUGAGGAAGCCACGUGCAUCUGGAAACUACUCCAAACUUUUAAACAGACCUACUUCAACAUAUGGGACGACGGAUAUGAAGAAUUCGUGAAAUAUCAAGCAGAGAAAGCGGCUGCAGAGGCCGCAGCGUCUAAACCUGAGAAACAAAUGUCAGCGCUUGAGCGGUUCUUCAUGGAUACAACAGAACCAACUGUCAAGAGACCAGUAAAAGUUCCUAGAAAAACUAUCGCAAAGAAAACAACUACUCCAAAAUCCACAAAAAAAACUGAGAAACUCGAACCAAAACAGACUAAGAGGAAGCCAAAAACAAGCACUCCCACUGGUCGUCCGGCUAAGAGGGCGAAAAAAUCGAAAAAAAUACAAGAUGACGAUGAUGAAAAUGACGACAAUAGUUGUGAGGAUGACUGCGCCGCUGAACCCUGCAGGCGUCCUACCGGUUCGGCGUUGCACUGGGUGCAGUGUGAUGGUGGCUGCGACUUGUGGUUCCAUCUUCAUUGUAUCGGCCUCAGCAAGCAUGACAUAGCAGCCGACCAAGAUUACAUUUGCGACAAGUGCUCCUAAAUUCCAACUUCAGUUGAUGUGCGGAUGUACCACAUUGUUGUUUAUCAUGUUUUAUUAAGUUUAUGAGUUUUACUGAAGUUUGAUUACAGAUUUUUAUAAAGUUCUUGUAAUUUAGUGCUACGUAAUCGAUUAGUAUUUUCCUUCUCACUAAACUAGUGAAAUCUGUAUUAUUUUAUAUUCUUAUUCUUUCAUUAUAAUUGACUUAAUUGAAGACCCAAAUACGGUGGCAAAAAUCGCCGGCUCAUUUACGGCGUUUCAGGCCGAAUUUCACCAGAAACUAAACAUGCUGUUAGAGGUAGCGCAAACUGCAGUUUGAAAUCACAUUUUACCACACGCCAAGCUACUUUUUACUGUAGUAAUCUGUCUUUCAGUAAAAAUAUGCCGGAGAUUGGUUACUGUUGAGUAGAAAAUCCUCUGUUGUAUGUUCAUAUCAAUGACAGCUUCUCCCAGUUGUGGUUGAUAUCAAUAAUUAUUAGUAUUCAGGAGCAAAUUCGUUUUAAAAAAUUAUAUCAAUUAUGGUAUUUAGGAACAAAUUUUAUUAACCCAUCUUAUCUAAUGACUGAUACAAAAACUUAUAAUAUCAAUUCGUUAUUAAAAUUUAUAUCAAUAAUUAUUAUGGUAUUUAGGAACAAUUUUAUCCCAUUUUAUCUGAUGACUGAUACGAAAAUACAUCAUAUCAAUAUCCAAUAACUAAACUAAAUAAAUGAUCAGACUAUAUUCAAUAAACUUAUCUAUAUUCAAAAUAUAAGUGAAGUUGAGUCCUAUAAUUUAUUUGACAUUGCACGGUUCUGCCCCUUCAAUAUUUGCUCCUAAAUCUAUAGGCGUACUAGGCCUUUUGUGAUUUUCUAAGUUAUGUUUUCUUGUUUACAUGGUGGUCACCCAUUGCUAUAGCAGCUCACUGCGACUUUAAUCUACUCUGAACUCUCUUUUAAUAAAUCAGAGUUGGUUUUGCUGGUGAAAUCGAAUUGUUUAAUCUUUGGUUUAAAUCAUCAGUUUGUUUUUUAAACUAAGCGUUAGCGUGGAUAUGAUGAAAUUCGGCCUUGGUAAACCAGUGACGUCGUCUGUAAUAUUUGUAUUAAAUACGGCGGAAAAAACGCCGGAUUGUUAUGAACUAAAAUUGACGUUACAGUCGGCAUUUAUAAUUAAUAAUUUCAUAACUAUUCCAUUUUCUUGUGUCGUAGUAAAAUAGUGUUUAAGAGAUGAAUGAGAUUAUUCAUUGUUUCAAUACUGCUCUGGUUGUUAUUAUUAUAUUUUGUUAUAUUGCAAGGGAGAACGCUUUGAGAUUUUGCAUUUUUCCUGAAAUAAUUCCGUAAAUAAAUAAUGUUUUCGGAAAUUUUCUACAGUGUUUCAAAAGUCACUGUCACUUCAAUUAAUGUAAAAUGAAUUACUAAAAAUUGAAAAAUUGUUUACUAUGUAAGUUUGUAGAGUUUGUAGAGUGAAUAUUGAUGUUGUGGAACUUUUCCAUAAUUGAAGAGACUUGAAAUGUUGUCAAAAAUCAACUUUUUUUUAAUAAAAUUAUACUAAUAUUUCCAACUCUACUGUAACUUACAGCUGAUGAUGUGUGAGCACACACGAAAACAAGCUCCUGAAAAAUACUAAUUUUAUUCAAAUAAUGUCGAUUUUCUGAACAUUUCAAUUCUCUUCAAUUAUUUACUAUCUACACUAGUACUCGUUAUUAGAUAGAUAUUCGUGUGUUAAUUUUGAAAACUGAAACCUUGUUCUUAUUGUAUAGUUGAAACCUUAUGAUGAGCACCGAAAUCCUAUACAAAUCUUUAUAAUUGAAAAAUGUUAUUCUUUAUAAAAAAGUUUAUUAUCUGACUUAUUCAUUGAACGUCUACUGUAAUCUUUACAAAAAUUAAAUUUUUACAUCACAACCCAUGUAACAAUAUUUAUGAACAAAUUAUCGUAAGGCUCUUUCUGGAGUACUUUUGAAGGCUGAUGAAGAAUUUUUAUGAAUAGUUCAGACAUUCCAUAAAAACUUCAGAAAAGAGUAGAGUUUGUGAAAAGUAUGGAAACAGCUGAAUAUUUCUUUUAAAAGGGAAAUUUUACGAUAGGUCUGACUGGGAAUCCUAUUCGAAUAAAAAUCUACAACUUUACUGUCGCAUCAAAAUUUUUCUCCAUCUUGGAACCGGCAUUUUGAAUCCAUCAACUUCAUUUUUUUAAAUGGGAAGGUGGUCAUGUGAUACAUGAUUUCGA